AUGUUCUUAUCGAGUAUGUUAUGUUGGGGCCUGUUUUUAUUCAUAAAUGUGGCCAUUGCUCAGAAAGUCUGUAAGUUUUGUCAUUAUAUGUUUAGUCUUAUUGACAUUCAUAUAACAAACUGUUACUACAUGUAAACGGUGUUUUGCAGCGGUGUUGUAUGAUGAUUUUGACUCGGUGGUAGGACCUCUAAUACGAACUCUGAAUAUCUCGUUAACAUACUACAAGGAUGUCUAUAACUUGAGGACUGAGAUGGAGCUGGCUUCCAUUCAAAUGGAGCCAAAUAUCAGUCUAGCAGGUGGGUGACGUGUUAUAAGCCGAAAAUUAUUUUUAAAUUUUUUAUUGUCAUUUCAUUAUUAAAACUCAAUAAAGUAAAGAAUAACUGUGUUUAGAAAAGAUAGCUGACUCAAACUUCCUGAUUAGUAUGACAACGGCUGAAGAGUCGAGCAAAAAGGUACUGGUCGCCGCUCAGAAUUCGAAUAUUCCGACGAUUCAAAUGCAGCUGACUUCUUGGAACGCUUCCUACAAAGGUAAAAUACGGUUUUCGAUUUAAAAAUAUGUAAAAUAUUGUUUUAGAUGAGCCCCAAAGCACGAUAACCGACAACUACGUCAUAUUGGUGCCAUCUUAUUUAGUAUUUGAUAAUUUACUGGCAGACUUCGUUAAUGCCAUGAAUGUGACUUCCGAGAUUACUGUAAUAUACAGCGAGGAGUACGGUAAGUAGAGAAUGUAAAUGCAGUGUAAUGUCUUUAAGCCUGAUUAGAUUAGUAUAAUUAAAAUUCUUUUACUUUUUGCAGUACGUGGAAUACAGUACGAAUGGCAAACACCCUUCAACAGCCUGAACGUAUCUGUAGAUUUUGUGAAGUCAGAAGAGACUGAUGACCUCAUAUCGUCUCAAUUGGCCGGAUUUGAACAAAAAACAAAGUAUCUGAUGUUUGUGACCGACACAUCUACGGUAGAGAAGUACGUGAGCUUAGGACAGAAGCAGAUAGCAACCGACAUGUUUACGUGGAUGGUCUUCACCAAAGACACGAUGCCCUUCAAGUGUUUCCAGAACUGUUCUGACGUCCAGCUAUAUUGGAGUAGAGUGAUCAAGACCACGGCCACAGAAGAGUUGGCCAACUUCACUGAGUUCCUGUGGUCAGAAGAGUUGGACAAACAGUUUCCCUUCUCUCAACAGACCUACAACCAUCUUCAGACAUCGUUCUGUCUCGAUGUUAUGUAUACCGUGAUGCGCUACAUGUUGGGAGGAAACAACGCUCAGGAGCUCGAGAUCGACCGAGAUGAAGAAGCUGUUCAAGUCAAUGCUACAGUAGCCGCUCUACUGAGGGAUGAGAGUAUGGACUAUGACUUUGGACCUUUCAGACAUCACUUCUCCCACUACUUCUAUCAGAUAACUAACGGAGUGAUUCUGAAGGUGGACAGAGUGAAGAGACUGCCCAAGGCCAAGUUCAACAAGUUGAUUGCCAAUUGGACAUACGUUGACGGUCUCAGACCAAAGUUUGGGGGUCUGGGGAUCGACGUGCGGAAUCUGACUCACUACAGGGUGGUCACUAUCUUGGUAAGGUGCUAUAACAAGAUACGACAGAUUGUUAAUGCUACAGUACUUUUUCGUAACACUAUUUAUAAUACUCUCUAACGUACGCGUCUUUCAGCAAGAACCAUUUGUUCAGACUGGCGGACCAGACGAGACCUUUGGCCUAACUGGAUACUGUAUCGACCUGCUAGUCAAGAUCCAGGAACAGCUCAACUUCACCUACGAGAUAUACGAAGUUCCGGACAAAAAGUUUGGGGUUCUGGAAUCGACCGGUAAUUGGAAUGGUCUGAUUGGAGAUCUCAUAUCUGGCCAAGCUGAUAUGGCCAUAGGACCAAUAUCAGUGAUAGCUGAAAGGGAGACCCAAAUAGACUUUACAGUACCAUUCUACGAUCUGGUCGGUACUACAAUAUUGAUGAAGAGGGAUGAGAUCGAGUACUCGUUGUUCAAGUUUCUUAUGGUAGGUCUUAAUUGGAUAUAUAGUUGUAUACGUAAAUAAUGUUAUGUUUAUCUCAUGUACAACAUUAUUUAUUUAAGCAUAUUAUUGUAUUGUAGGUGCUUGAAUGGCCAGUUUGGCUGUGUAUCCUGGGUGCCUACCUAUUCACAAGUAUAUUACUGUGGAUCUUCGACAAGUUCAGUCCAUAUUCUUAUACCAACAACAGAGAAAAGUACAAAGAUGAUACUGAGAAGAGAGAGUUCAACCUCAAGGAAUGUCUCUGGUUCUGUAUGACAUCAUUGACCCCUCAGGGCGGAGGGGAAGCGCCGAAGAACAUUUCUGGGCGAUUAGUUGCCGCAACUUGGUGGUUGUUCGGGUUUAUUAUCAUCGCUUCCUACACUGCCAACCUCGCUGCUUUCCUUACUGUAGCUAGGCUAGAGCAGUCGAUAACGUGAGUUGUAAAGUGCUCAAUGACUAAAUAUUUGUAGGAUUAUAUAACUUUUAUGGGCCAAUAAGGGUUAGGUUUUAAAAAAACCGAUUUUUAGAUCAUAGGUUUUGAUUUUAGAUCGUUGGACGAUUUGGCCAAGCAGUACAAGGUGGAGUAUGCCCCUCUUAAAAGUGGCGGUACCGAGACCUACUUCAGAAGAAUGGCUGAGAUUGAAGAACAGUUCUACGAGUAAGUGCUUCAGUCUAAAGCACUCACUUAUGACAACUGAAUACCUAAUUGUUACUCACUUGUGUUCGUUUUCUGCCUUUAGUGUUUUGAUAUGACCCUACAAUAAUAUUGGUGACUUUGUCAUAACAUUGAUGCUCUUGCAGUAUCUGGAAGAAGAUGUCACUCAACGAAAGCAUGAGCGAGAUGGACCGUGCCAAGCUCGCAGUCUGGGACUACCCGGUCUCGGACAAGUACACCAACAUGUGGCGCUUCAUGGUGGAGUCUCGGCUUCCAGAAACCGCCGAAGAAGCCAUCCAAAGGGUUCUGACUUCAGAAACCGGCUUCGCUUUCAUUGGAGACGCCAUGGAGAUUAAGUAUGCCACGCUGACAAAUUGCAAGCUACAACAAGUAGGACAAGAGUUCUCCAGAAAGCCGUACGCCGUCGCCGUGCAGGAAGGAAGCGCAUUAGGGUCCGAGAUUAGUAAAAUGUAGGUUAAUGUACGAAAACAAUAUUAAUGUACUUGAGGAUGGGGAAGGGAGAAGAUACACAGUCAACGCAAACACAAUUUAACAGUGCAUCUUCUUGACUUUACUGUACAAAAGUGUAAUUUAUACUGUAAAGAAGCCACAGUAUGUAUCAUGUUGUAAUAUGAGGCACACAAAGUACGAGUUUAUUUUGAGAGUGUUGAUGUAGUUCACAUGUCCAAUUUACGAUAUGAAAUUACUUAAGACAACUUAACGAGAAUUGAAAACGCAUUAGAUUGCUAAAAGUACAACAAUAUAUCACAUAAUACUAAAUUAAUAUCACAAGAUACAAUUACUACAACAGAAAAACGCAUCUAACGUCUUCAAACGUGAUAAUACUUUCAGCGUUCUUAAACUGUUAAACGAGAGACAGUUGGAGGCCCUGAAGGAACAAUGGUGGCACAAGAACGCCAAGAAGCAGGAGUGUAGUAAUGUAGAGGACGAGAGCACAGGUAUUUCUAUUCAGAACAUUGGAGGAGUCUUCAUCUUGAUCCUCGGUGGUAUAAUGAUAUCAUUGGUCAUCUUGGUGGUGGAGUUCUUCUACUACAAACGGCUGGAGGAGAAGAAUGUACAGAAAGAUACGGCGAUGCAGCCGGUCAGGGGACGAGACGGACCGUACUCGUUUCAGGAGACAUACUUUAGUAACCCUGCGCCUGAACCACGGGAUUGA